AUGACCUUUGACGUGGAAGUUGCCACCGGAAGAACCGUUAGUGUUAGCUCUAUUCUCCGUGACUGUACUCUCGAACUCAACAAUCACGUCUUCCCGAUCGAUCUCAUACCAAUGCAGCUUGGUAGUUUUGACGUCAUAGUAGGCAUGGAUUUUCUUCAUGAGAAUCAUGCCGAAGUUGUUUGUUUCGAUAAGAUGAUUCAUGUCUCCCUUUCAAACGGUGAUCAAUUAUGUGUCUACGGUGAAGUACUCUCGAAGGAACUGAAGUAUAUGUCGUGUAUUCAAGCAGGUAAGUACUUACGCAAACGCAAGGAGUACACCGCUUUCUUACCCCAUAUCAUUGUACCUGUGAAUGAGAUGAAAACUGUGAAAGUCGUCCCGGUUGUUUGUGAUUUUCCUAAAGUUUUUCCCGACGAUUUGCCUGGUUUACCCCCUGCUCGUGAUAUUGAUUUUCGUAUUGAUUUAGUUCCAGGUGCUACACCUAUUGCGAAAGCUUCGUAUCGCCUUGCACCCUCUGAAAUGCGCGAGUGA